UGCGCUUUGGCGGCAGCUGCCAGUCUUCGGAGCCGCCUCCUUCGCCCGGUGAGUGGGGGAGAGAAACCGCAGAGCUCGGCAUCGCCAUCCUCUGUUGCUGGGUUUGUGCACGCUGCGCGCAGAGCGUUUCCGAACACAACCCGAUCCGAGCCGGGCUUCCAGGACACCGGAGAGAUGAAAGAUCGCACCCAGGAGUUGCGGGCUGCAAAGGACAGCGAUGAUGAUGAUGAAGUCAGCGUUAACGUGGACAGGGACCACUUCAUGGAUGAGUUUUUUGAGCAGGUUGAAGAAAUUCGACAAUUCAUAGACAAGAUCUCUGAGAAUGUGGAAGAGGUGAAAAGGAAACACAGUGCGAUUCUCGCUGCACCAAACCCAGAUGAAAAAACAAAGGAGGAAUUAGAAGAACUGAUGACGGAUAUUAAGAAGACAGCAAAUAAGGUCCGCUCCAAGUUAAAGAGUAUUGAACAAAGCAUAGAGCAAGAGGAGGGACAGAACAGAUCCUCGGCUGACUUGAGAAUACGCAAGACACAGCAUUCUACACUGUCUCGUAAAUUUGUGGAAGUGAUGUCUGAGUACAAUGCCACACAGACCGACUACAGGGAGCGUUGCAAAGGACGAAUCCAACGCCAACUUGAAAUCACUGGAAGAACGACCACAAAUGAGGAGCUGGAAGACAUGCUGGAGAGUGGGAAUCCUGCUAUCUUCACAUCAGGGAUCAUAAUGGAUUCCAACAUCACGAAGCAGGCUCUAAAUGAGAUUGAAACGCGACAUCAUGAGAUCAUCAAACUGGAGAACUGUAUUCGCGAGCUGCACGAUAUGUUCAUGGACAUGGCAAUGCUGGUGGAAAGCCAGGGAGAGAUGAUAGACAGGAUCGAAUACAACGUCGAGCACUCAGUUGACUACGUAGAGAGGGCAGUGUCUGACACAAAAAAAGCGGUUAAGUACCAGAGUAAAGCACGACGGAAGAAGAUCAUGAUCAUUAUAUGCUGUGUGGUGCUGGGGGUCGUCAUUGCCUCCACAGUUGGGGGAGUGUUUGGAUUUUGAGAAACACAAAAUAGGAAAGAAUCUACCAAUGUGAUGUGGGCUUUUCAGCCACUUUGUGGGAUGAAGUGACUUUCACUCGGUAUCACUGAGAAAAGUUCCUCUGCAUGACUAUCUAGCAUUACUUCCUUUACUGGUCCUGCUCUUUCUGGCUGUUAAGGUAUGGUAACAUUUUUUUUUCCUCUUUUUUCUUUUUCAAUGAUGCUCUGUUUGCCAUAAACACAAGAAAAUUUGGCCCUGGGAAAAAACAAAACUCUUCACAUUUAAAGGGAUUGAUCUUAACCCAUUUGAUUGCCAAAGCCAAAGAAAGCCCAGUAAACACCAACAGACACAACGGCUGGAGUCGACAUUUUGUAAGAUACUGAUCGCAAAAUGGCAAUAUCUUUUUUUUAAAAACUCAAUUAGUCCCUAAGAGCUUUCAAAUCUUGUCAAGGUUGGAAGAAUGCAGUGAUCGACAUCUCAUCAGCACAAUGGUGUCCACUGGACUAGGCUGCCGGUCAUUAUCCCAACUGCAAGUGUUCUGUGGAAAUUCUAUUUCUUCACAAUAACACUACCAUUGAUGGCGAAAUGAUAUGGUCCAAGAAAUUUCUGCUCUAAAUAUAAGACUCCGUGUUUGCUACUGUUGGUGAGGAGCUGCCAGGCAGUCUUUGAAGUCUCUUUUGAUCUCAGCCUUACACCUUUGCUAAUAACAGUUUUUUAUUCGCUGUCAUUUCUUCAUGUGAAGAAGACUUGCUGAUGAAGAUUCUCAAGUGGUGCUAUCGCUCCCCGCAAUGUUAGAGAAAAGGCUGACAAGAUCUGAAGAGUAUCUUUAAAGGAUUCAGCUUUUUUUUCUUUUUUAUUUAAAGGGAAAUGAGGUUGGAACUUUACAAAUGUUAUCAUUUUUUAAAAUUUAUUUUGGAUUACCAAAACAAAAUAAAAAUCAGGAACUAGGCAGGUGAACCAUCAACUGUUCUACCAAUCAAAAAUAAAUUCUUCCAGCCUUUGAAUUGAACCAGAAACCUUGAGAGACUGUGGAUUUCACACCAGUCUCCGAUAUUGUGAAAGGUAUUCCAGUGAGGAACAGCUUUCUUCUCCUUUAUAUCAUCCGUCCUAAACAGAUGUGGCACUCGUGUUAACAUCUAUAAAGGGCUUGUGUUUGGAGAUUUUGUACCUCGGCUAUAAUUAGUUUUCCUGCUUUUGAAUUCUAAUUUAUUUUAAUUACCUACGACGUGAAGUCUUUUUUUCUGGCUGUUUUUUUCACUCGAGCUGUUUUGCCAGGAAUACUCGCAAGUCCUCGCCAGCACAGCUGACGUGUAACCCUGUGUAACUAGGUAUUAAAGGGCUUUAAAGAGCAGUUGGUCAAGACUUGCUAGUUUUCAUCAAGCUGCACUCUGGUUUGGCAGCUCCUUGGGUUGUUGAGGUGAUGUCAGUCUGCAAAUGGUGCAGAAAGUUCUGUUGCCAAGUUUCUUCCAGUCUUAGUAAGAAAAACAUUUUAUUUAUGCAAUUUAUGUAUUAACAAAAAUGUAACUGGAUUUUUAAAAUUCCAGCUUUUUGUCUAUUCCAGCAGUGGUGAUGCAAAAAGGCUUCCUACGCAGGGCACUGUCAUAAUACCACUAAUCAAAUCGCCAGAUCGCUCACAUGUGCUUUCCAAAUUUUAUAAUUUUCCAUUUUAGAUGAGCAGUUCAAAUGGUAUAAUUUUCCAAUUUAGGUUAGCAGUUCUACCAUUCAUGUCACACUCACUAUCAUUCACCUGUUUCCCAUGUUCUCACCAUUACUAUGGAAAUUACUCGAUCCAAAACGUCACCCAUUCCUUCUCUCCAGAGAUGCUGCCUGUCCCACUGAGUUACUCCAGCAUUUUGUGUCUACUAUGGAAAUAAAGUUCCCCCUUUCUUUUAGUACCACAUUGACCUAUCUUACCCCUUCUCCAUAAUAUUUACUUGCAAGUACUUUCCCUUAAAAUUCAGUUGUCACCGCAGUAUGUUGAGAUAGAUCUGUACUAAUGAUGCUGCUGUUUUCACUGUGACUAAGACAGUUGACACAUACUUAAGUCCAGUGACACACUGAGCAGUAAUGAGUAUCAGGAAACCAGUUGAUUUACCCUGUAGUCUAAAACGUCUUCAACUGUUUAAUCUGCCAAAUCACCUUUGACCAAUAUUUGUAACUUCAGUCUAGAAAGGAACUGCAGAUGCUGGUUUAACUGAAGAUAGACACAAAAACCUGAAGUAACUCCGCGGGAAAGGCAGCAUCUCUGGAGAGAAGGAA